AAGUAGAGGUACAGAAAACAAUAUGGCGGACGGGAAAGUACCAGAUGUAAACGCGAAAGUUUUUGUAAAAGACGUUUUGUAGCUCGUAUUAUACCCUGCUAAAUCACAUAAAAGUAUAUAAGGCAUGGCGGGAAAGCGGAAAUUAAACUCGCUUAUCGACAGCAAUGAUGAUUGUGAGGAAAAAGCAAGAAAUCAUAAGACAUUACGAAGCAGUUAUGUUGGAGAAAGUGAAAGUGAAUUUUUGUCUCAAGAAAAUAAUUCUCCAGUUGAUUAUGAGGAAUCUGGGAAUUCUUAUUCAGAAUAUAGUAAUUAUUCUUUGAAACUUAUGGGGAAAAUGGGAUAUCAAGCUGGUGAAGGUUUGGGAAAAUUUGGCCAGGGUCGCUCCGAAAUUGUGGAAGCGUCAAAGCAACGUGGAAGGCGUGGUCUUGGCUUUGAAAUUAAAGGUCUUGAAGCAGAGGAGGUGGAAUGGGUUGAGACUGAUAAAGAGGUGGAGGUGCACGAGACUCCAAACUGGAUUCCUUCUUGCAAGUUAGAGCCUCCCUUAAAGGAGACUUUAAUUAAUUGGAUGCUUAUAAAGCCCAAAAAGAUGAUCAUUAAAGAUGAAACUGAGUUCUGUAGUGAGAAUAUCUUACAUAAAGUUCUUGAAUGCAAGACAGUUUUUGAUUCUCUGGCAGAUGACGAGUUUUUGAAAGCACGCACAAGAGCAAAUCCUUUUGAGAUGAUUAAAGGGGCAAUUUUUCAGAAUAGAGCUGCAAUGAAAAUGGCUAACAUGGAUGCUGUAUUUGAUUUCAUUUUUUCUUCUCCAAGAGAUGAAAAUAAUAGGGAGCUUCUUGGUUCAAUGGAUCUGCUUUACUUUGCUGACAUAUGUGCUGGUCCUGGAGGAUUUUCAGAAUACAUGUUGUGGAGAAAAGACUGGCAUUGUAAAGGAUUUGGAUUUACUCUGAAAGGUGAAAAUGAUUUCAAACUGGAAAAAUUUCUCUCUGGCACUCCAGAAACAUUUGAACCAUUUUAUGGUGUGAAUGGUAUUGAUGGUGAUGGUGAUGUUAUGAAUCCAGAUAACCUUACAGCAUUUAAAGACUUUGUUUUAAAGAAUACUGAUGAUUUGGGUGUUCAUUUUGUCAUGGCCGAUGGGGGAUUUUCUGUGUCAGGACAAGAAAAUAUUCAAGAAAUUCUUACAAAGCGUCUGGUGUUGUGUCAGUUUCUAUGCGCCAUGUCCAUUCUUCGCGUUGGAGGAUGCUUUUUAUGCAAAACAUUCGAUCUCUUUACUCCUUUCACAAUCGGCUUGAUAUACUUGUUGUAUCGUGCCUUCAAUAAUGUUUGCAUUCACAAACCUGUCACAAGCCGUCCAGCUAACUCCGAAAGGUAUGUUAUCUGUAAAGGUUUACGCGAAGGUGCUAAAGAUAUUUGUGAUUAUCUUUUUGAUAUUAACAAAGAACUCGGAAAACUGGAACAAACGAAUAAAGAUAUUCUGGAGGUCGUCCCGUUAAGCAUUUUACAAAACGAUAAAAAUUUCUAUACCUAUGUCAAAAACUCCAAUGAAAGUUUGGGAGAAAAUCAAAUCAACGCGCUUAGAAAAUUGAAAGCCUAUGUGCAGAACACGAAUUUAGUUGGAAAAGAUCAACUUGUUAUAAGAAAACAAUGCCUCGAAUACUGGAAUAUUCCUGACAUCACUCGAGCAGCACCUCGACUUCCAAAUCCAGAUUAUCGUUACGAGCAACUAAUAAAGACUCCAAAGGAUCACGAGGAGUUGCUAUUAAAACCAAAAGAUUUCUCAAAACGAUUAUUGCCCAAUUUGAAAGUCCUUGGGAAGUACAAAUGUUAUGUUUCAGCAGGUGAACGGUUCUUCCUUUUCAGUCUUGGGCGUUCCCGUAUUUAUCAGUGGGAUGGAACUCCCCGUAAUAAAAAACUUUGGCAAGAAUUAAACUUUAUGAAUCUUGAACUGCCCAAGGAUACGCUUAUUGAAGUAGAAAAGGUUAAUGAACUUUGUGGUGAGGGUAAAGGUCAGCGGCGCAGAGUCGUACUUCAUAUUACAGAUGCAUUGAUACUUGGAGGGAAAGAUAUCCGUACAAGGCAUUAUGAGCACAGAAUGCAGUAUGCAGCAAUGUUUUCAAAGGCAAUCACAAAACAUAGUCGACCUGACAUGACAAUGGUGAGGGCUAAAGAAACGUAUGACCUGUGCGCCCUUCAAGAUGUCUUCGAUAGGUUGCAAACAAAACGAGUUAAAGGUCGCUCACAGCCUUCUCUUUGUUACAUUGCGAAUGAAAAUCGUGCUAUAAUUCCAAAAGGGAUUAUAAUUCUGCAACAUUUGAACGAUCCAUGGUCUUCAGCCUUCAGCAAAAGCCAACAGAAAACCUACUUCUACAACUCCGAAACAAAGUCAUCGCAAUUUGAUAUACCUUUUCAAGCAAUUGCUACAUUUGGAAUGUGUUCCAGUCAUCGCUAUUUCUGGGACUGGUCUAAUCUUGGAGAGAAUUUGAGCAAGAAUGAUGGAGAGCUAGUAAGCCGUCAUGCAAUGUUGGAUUUUAUUAAUGGUCAUUGCAUUCGAUAAUCUUGAAGAUAGUUUUAUCAAGGAUGAUGGGAAGUGCAUAGCUAUAAUAUUGGAUUUUAUCAAUGAUCAUUGCACUCAACGAAGGUGCGUUCUUUCACCUUUUCUUUAUUGAGUAGAAAUGAAGAAAAUGUCACCAAGGUAAGGAGUUUAUUUACUGUCAAAUAGGUAAGUUGCUGGAAAGUUCAGCAUUUUAUUACUGUAUACAUCUAAUAUCGAAUAUAGACACGAAAAACAAUGUUUUGUGAGGCAAACAUUGUUUUGACUAUGUAAAACACAUGGUUUGUUACUACUUAACCAUGAAAGAACCACAUCUAUUUUUGACUUCAUCGUUGACAAAAUUAAAGUAGUGAAAUUAAUAAAUAGACUGAAAGUCAGAUGCAUAUGGUUUCAAACCUUGUGCAUCAGUAGGAACGCUUAAUUUAUGAGGAAUAGAAUUUUUUAUUUAAUUAUGAAAACGUGCUUCGGUGGACUUGCGUGCAAUGUUCAGUUCAUCAAGGAAAAGUUAUUCAUCAUUAAUGAACAUUUAACUUGCCGAAGCAGACUUUUCUACAUCUUGUUCUCAAUAACAAAGAAUAAUCUGAUCAAAUGAGAUUGUUUUAUAAAAAUUAAUUAUGAGUUUUAUUGUAGUUUAUUAUACAGAAAUGAUGUGAA